GAAAGAUUAGAAUAUGAAGAACGUAUGCUUUUAAUUGAGGAAAGAAAGGAAAUACUAAGAGAAUUACGAAUUACCAAUAUAGCCAAAGAGCAAGAACAUGAUGGACUUGAACAAGAAUAA